UGAGCAUGGUGGAGAAGAAGCAGCAACAGGCAGUGUUUGCCUGGGAGGGAUGAAGCUGCAAAGGCACCAGGAUCCCAGCCCUGAACUGUCCUGGUUUUGCCUGGCACUGAGCACUUCUCCAGCCCAGAUCAGACUUUCUGUUCUGCUCCACAUGUGCUGGAGAGAAAAAACUGAGAGAAAAAAAUAAUGCGGAAACAGCUCCAUAAAAAAGCAGAAAGAGGGCAGGGAGGAUUGCUGAGGGGAGGAUUCCCAGGCCACUGCCUGCUCUGUGCUGUGCUCAUCAUCUCGCUGUGUCCCAGGGCCCCUUCCCAGGGUGAGACACCAGCAGCCCCAGGAGCUCAGCCUGGGGAGCAGCUCCCACCGGCCCCGGGGAAGGGGAGAGCUCUGCUCAAAUACCUCUGACCUAAACUGGAGCUUGCAGGAGAAAUUUACAGAAGAGAACAACAGCCAGGAGAAGAGAGCGUUGCUGUGGAGAGGCCUGGCUGGCAGCAUCCUCACAUGGGACUCUGGAAUUGAGAAUUCUGAGAAGAUUCUGAGUCUGCUCCCAUUCUGAAAACUUCCAGAGUUGAUCCCUGGAUGUCUGUGUUUCCUGGCUGCUGCUGUUCUCCAGAAUGGCUCUGAAACAAAAACCCUGAGGAGCCUCUGCCACAGUAAGAAAAUCUUUGUGGGGGAGUUGGAGGGCAAAGUGUGGGGCAUUUAUCAGCACAUCUGUCAGCACAGCUGGAGAGCAGGGUGGAGGGGCAAUGAAAGAGGGAGAGAUAAAGGUUGGAGGAGAGAGGAAGGGGAAGGGAAAGAGGGGAGAGAGCAGAGAAGGAGAAAGGAGAGGAAAGAUGGGAGAGCUGGGGGUGCUCACCUGCAGAGGAGAAGGCUCCAGGGAGAGCUCAGAGCCCCUGGCAGGGCCUGAAGGGGCUCCAGGAGAGCUGCAGAGGGACUGGGGACAAGGACAGAGGGACAGGAGCCAGGGAAUGGCUCCCAGUGCCAGAGGGCAGGGCUGGGUGGGACCUUGGCAAUGAGGAAUUGUUCCCUGGCAGGGUGGGCAGGGGCUGGGAUGGAAUUCCAUCCCUGGAUCCCUGGCAGUGCCCAAAGCCAGGUUGGACACUGGGGCUGGCGCAGCCUGGCACAGUGGGAGGUGUCCCUGCCAUGGCAGGGGAAGGAAUAGGACCAACUUUAGGGUUCCUCCCAACCCAAACCAUUCCAUGGCUCUUUAAUGAGGCGGGGAUUGGUCCCAGACUGGACUCAGUGAUCCUGGAUUUCCAGCCUCAGUGAUCCUGUGUGUUGCUGCUGGGGGUGCUGCUUGGGCCCCCCAGGAAAAUGAACCUGCAUUUAUGGGUGUUUCAAAGACAUGGAUUCAGUCUCCACCUCUGCAGAAAUCCAGAAAUCCUCACAGCACCCGCUCUGCCCACCAGCAAUCCCAAAUCCUGAGCCACUCAUGGAAACCUGACUGCAUUUAUCAGUGCCAGAGAAUUAGAGACGAGCUGAAGCAUCAGGGGUUGUUUCAGUGCCUGUCUCACAGCCCCACUCCCUCAGGGAAAGGAUCAGGAGGGCAGAAUUUUCCAGUGGGACUCAGGUAAUUCCAUCAGGGCUGGCAGCUGAGGUGCCUCAGUACCUGCUGGUGAUUACUGAGGCUCCUUGUUCAUUCUGUUUGUGUCUUAAUUCAAGUGCUUGGCUGACAACCUCCUCCCUGGAAUAGAUUUUGGGCACAGUGACAGCAGCAGCCCUCCCACACUGUGUGUAAAUCGGGCAUAAAAAGCUACAAUGUGAGUCCUGCUUGUCAUACAUCCGAGAUGGAAAAGCCCCACAUCAGGAGAAUGAAGCCUGAUGCUAUUUUAGGCCUUCAGCACCAGAUGUGCAAUAAAAACCCAUGUUUCACAACCCAACAUUGCUUAUAAAAUAACUCCAUUAAUAACCUGCAGAGCUUGCCAUAAAGCCACUUGGCAUCGUUGAUUUGCACAGAUUGGGCACAAAGGCAUAACCAGAAAGCUCAGGCUGAGCCUGACCUUGUGCUGCCCCUCCAGGGCAGGAGGAUGGUGGGUUUACUCCAGCACAGGUACUGGCUUGGUGCCUGAAAAUAGAAAGGAGCCUAAAGCAAAGCCUUUUCUGUAUCUUCAGGCCAUUAUCCUUGGAGCACAGCACUCCUGGAAAACCUAAAAACACAGAGUAAGCAGGAAGCGCCCGGGCAUGGCAUGGGGGCCAUGCCCUUCUCCAACAGCUCUGGGCUCAGCCCGUCCUUCCUGCUGGCCGUCCUGCCGGGGCUGGAGGGAGCGCACUCCUGGCUGGCCGCGGCGCUCUGCUCGGCCUACGCGCUGGCCGUGCUGGCCAACGGCGCCGUGCUGCUGGCCGUGCGCGCCGAGCGCGGCCUGCACGCGCCCAUGGGCUUCCUGCUCUGCAUGCUGGCCGCCAUCGACCUGGCGCUGGCCUCGGCCACCGUGCCGCGCACCCUCUGCCUCUACUGGCUGGGCAGCCGCGAGAUCGGCUUCGGCGCCUGCCUCACGCAGAUGUUCCUCAUCCACGCGCUCUCGGCCGCCGAGUCCACCGUGCUGCUGGCCAUGGCCGCCGACCGCUACGUGGCCAUCUGCCACCCGCUGCGCCACGCCGCCGUGCCCAGCGGCCGCGCCACGGCCGCCGUCGGGCUGCUGGCCCUGGCCCGGGGCGUGCUCUUCUUCCUGCCGCUGCCCCUGCUGCUCCUGCCGCUGCCCUUCUGCGGCCGCCGCCUGCUGUCCCACUCCUUCUGCCUGCACCAGGACGUGAUGAACCUGGCCUGCGCCGACACCGCGCCCAGCGUGGUGUACGGGCUGGCCGCCAUCCUGCUGGUCAUGGGGCUGGACGCCGUGCUCAUCUGCCUCUCCUACCUGCUCAUCCUCAGGGCCGUCCUGCGCCUGGCGGCCUGGAGGGAGCGGCUCAAGGUGUUCAGCACCUGCAUCGCCCACAUCUGCGUGGUGCUGGCCUUCUACGUGCCCCUGAUCGGGCUCUCCGUGGUGCACAGGUUCGGCAAGGACCUGGCCCCGCUGGUCCACAUCGUCAUGGGCAACAUCUACAUCCUGGUGCCCGCCGUGCUCAACCCCAUCAUCUACGGGGUGAGGACCAAGCAGAUCCAGAGGAGGAUCCUGAGCUUGAUCCACGUCACUGACAGAGCUCCCCGGUGACCAGAGCCCGGCCGCUGCCCCGUGUCCUCACCCUGGCUCACCUCCUUUCACAUCAGAGCCUUUGGUGCCAGGCCGCCCUCUCCAUGUACUCUGAGGUGCUGCCACCAGGCUUGUAAACUCCUCCCGAGAGUGUCUGCCCUCACCACACUCAGAGAAAUGGCUGCAAUGAUCUAAACCCAAUCCCAAUAUCCCCAAACUCAGAGAAAUGGCUGCAAUGAUCUAAAUCCAAUCCCAAUAUCCCCACACUCAGAGAAAUGGCUGCAAUGAUCUAAAUCAAUCCCACUCUCACCACACUCAGAGAAAUGGCUGCAAUGAUCUAAACCCAAUCCCAAUAUCCCCAAACUCAGAGAAAUGGCUGCAAUGAUCUAAACCCAAUCCCAAUAUCCCCAAACUCAGAGAAAUGGCUGCAAUGAUCUAAACCCAAUCCCACUAUCCCCCAAACUCAGAGAGAAAUGGCUGAAUUUAUCUAAACCCAGUCCCACCCUCACCAAACUCAGAGAGAAAUGGCUGCAAUGAUCUAAAUCCAAGCCCAACCUGGCAGGAUCCACAAGAAGGGAAAAGUGACUCAGCAAACUUACACAGUUGUCCCAACAUUGCUCCUCUUGGUUCCCUUCUCACCUCUAACCGUGGCAGAGCAGAGAAAAUGCCGGAUGGUUUGGGAUUAUUUACUUAAUUCUUUGUUUUCACAUGGGGCACAGUCACAUUCCAGAAGUUUUGCCAGAAAAAUUUGCACGUAGCAUCAUUCUUUGAGUAAAAUAAUUGCAGGACACCAGUCCAAAGUGACAUUACAGAUGCAGAAAUGCAUUUCAGAGAAAGAGCAUCCUCCUCCGUGGUCUUGUUCUGACCUGCUGGGUGCUCUGUCAAGACCCCUCAACCUCCUCAGAGCAGAUGCUGUGGAAAAACUUCAGAUUCAGAGUUACUGGUUGCAAUUGUAAAAAUAAUUUAAAUUAGUAAUUGUAUUCAGUGGAAUGAAAUCAUCUCCAGGGAAAAAAAAAGCAAGUUAUAAAUGUCAGUGCUGAUUCCAAGCUGAAGGAGAUCUCGUUGCCCGGCCAAAGGUGUUCCACACUGGGAAUUCCUAAAAUGUCCUGUCACUAGCAGAGUGACACCAGCAGAACAGAGUCUGGCACCAUCCUCUGGCACUUGGAGAGGUGUGGGUGGACUGAUAGAACCCUCUCCGUGCUCUCUCAUGAUCAUGACCUGUGGUUUCACACUCGAGGAGAAAUCAGGGAUGUUCCCACUGGAGCAGACAGAGAUCCCCCAGGGAGGAGCUGCAGGGGCUGAGCUCCCUUUGGCCCCCGAGGGUGGGCACAGGGCCCUGCCCAGACCUUUCUGGGGGAGCUGCAGCAGCCCUGGUCUGACCUGCACUCCAUCAGGAGGCCCAGGGGCUCUCAAACCCCAGGGUCUCCAUUAGCAUCCCAGAAUCCCAAAUCCCUGGGGCUGGCAGAGCCCUCCCAGCCCAGGCAGUGCCAGUUGUGCCCCAUGGCCACCCUGUGCCCAGCCCAGAACACUCAGUGCCACCUCCAGGGGACACCUGCAGGGAUGGGCACUGCAGAGCUCCCUGGGCAGCCCCUGCCAAGGCCUGAGCCCCCUUUCCAUGGGCAAAUUCCUGCUGCUGGCCAAGCUGAGCCUGCCCUGGCCCAGCCUGAGGCCGUUCCCUCUGCUCCUGUCCCUGUGCCCUGGGAGCAGAGCCCGAC